UGUACUGAGGUACCCGCCGCAGCUGGGCGGGAAGCUCUGGGCGGGCGCAGUUGGCCAGUCCCCGCUGGAGACCCGUUGAACCGGCGCCAGCCUAGCAACGGCCCGGGAGCGCGAAGGGCGGGGGUAACCGCUCGUCUCCCGCCUGGGCCGCCUGCCCCCUCGGCUGGGAGGGAGGCGCUUCCGAGCCGGAAGCCGGCGCUGCGAGGCGGCCCCCGGGCCUGGGAGAGCGGCGCGGAUGGAGCGGCUGCGGCUGCAGGCGGGGGGCACGGCGGCGGUGGACGAGUACGUGGAGUACCGGAGAAUUGUAGGUGAUGACGACGGAGGGAAACUCUUUACCCCAGAGCAAUAUGAAGAAUACAAAAGAAAAAUGUUACCAAUACGAUUACAGAACAGAUUGUAUGUGAGCUGGAGAUCACCAACUGGGAUGGACUGUAAACUUGUGGGCCCGGAGACACAGUGUUUUUGUACCCAUAGGUAUAAACAACACAAAACAGAUUAUGAAGAGAUUCCAAAAGAUCGCCCUAUUUGUGUACCCUGUCGAGUGAGCCGUUGCCAGUGCAAAUCCUAUCACUAUGUCCCUCUAAAUGGCACUCAGCCCAUUCGUUGUAGAUGCAAGCACUUUGCUGAUCAGCACAGUGCAGCACCUGGAUUUUCCUGUAACUCCUGUUCCAAAUGUUCAGGAUUUCACAGCUGCUUUACCUGUGGGUGUGGUCAGCCAACAUAUGCGCAUGAAACGGUUGUGGAAACCAAACAAGAGCGCUUAUCCCAGGGAAAACCUGUGGGGCAGGAUGUUCCCUAUGCUGCAAUGGGAGGAUUAACUGGCUUUAGUUCACUGGCCGAAGGCUAUAUGAGACUUGAUGACAGUGGAGUAGGGGCACCCUCUGCUGAAUUUCUAGAGGUACCUAGUAGUGGCAUGGACCAUCCAUUUCUAAAAGCAUUCCAAGGCCCCUCCAGUUCUGUACAAGCCAGCUCACAAUUAACAGGUGGUUCUAGUGCAGCAAAGCACGUUUCUAAUUUAAGGAGUUCUGAAGAAGAUGACAUGGCUUACUUUGAAAAACAGUACCAGGAACGGGUGGUGGUUUUUCUGUCAGAACUGGUCUUUGAAACUCUGAAUCUUUUCUUGAGAAACAUUACAAAAAUAAAGAAGAUAUGUGCUACAAAUUUUGCAAAUGUAAUAGUUUAUAGAUAUAGCAUUACUACUAAGUCUCAAGACUUUUUCCAGUAUUUUCUUUUCCUUCGUGAAGAGGCUGAAAGAAUUUCAGAUAUUCGAUCCAAUCCUGCAAAGACUGAGGCAUGUGCUUUUUUUUUAGCACGAGUAGUCUCACAACAGGACUACUUAUCUGUGUGCAUAACUUUAACCUUGUACGUCUUUGCAGGGUGCCUUACUCACUUUUUUGUCAAUCUUCUCCAUCUUCCCAAUGGGGAUCCACUACCAUGGCAGCAGCGAGGUCUAUCUCUAGCUGGCCCCUCACACACCAGGACCAGCAGAAACAGCAGGGGAGUACCUUCGGUCACUUACUACUUUCAGAAAAUUUCCUUUAAUUUUCAAAAGAUUAAAGUGAGGCUGUGACUCCUCUCCCAGUCCCUCCCUCAGCCCAGGAACCAUCACCAGGAAUAAGGCAGCCUAAGGGCUUUGUUCUUUUAAAAGGAAAGAGCCCCAUCCCAGCUCCUCUAGACACUUCUCCACAUGCUGGCCAGGAGGCCACUUUUCAGCUCUUACUCAGACAAGACUAAAAGGUAAGUGUUAUUUCUCAUCCUCUACAUCUCCCUCCCAAAGCAGGCAAGAGCAACAUGGGUGUCAUUACAACACAGACAGUUUAUUUCAAGGAAAUAGAUAUCUGAUGCCAUUGAUACUUCCUCUUAUGGGGCUCAGCCCUAUUAUUGUCAUUUAUUACAAUUUCCAUUCCUGUUAUGCCUCCAUGCUUCUAGCAUACCCACCACUGCUCCAGUAACACACUGCUCCAGCUCUAUCCCUUCCCAGGACUCAUCCAAGUUACAGCUCCAAAAUAUAUCCAACAGAGCUGUCUUUCCUAUGGCAACUGGUGAACCAGAAAACUGUUCCUUCACUUGGAACAUCCCAUGGCAACAUUUACUUCAUUACCUAUCACAGUUCAAAUUGGGAGGACCUGUCCAAGAAAACAGGAAAGCAAAAAUAAGAAGCUAGAUUCGAGACAUAACACACCUGUAUGCUGCACAGGUCCACUACAUAGUCCACAGGCCAGAAACAGACAGCACAAGGCAUCACAAAUUGAAGCUGAUGUUAAUCAAUGCAAGACCUGCCACUAGGGUAUGUCUACAGUACGAAAUUAGGUCGAUUUAACAGAAGUCGAUCUUUUAGAAAUCGAUUUGAUACAGUCGAUUGUGUGUCCCCACUGAGCGCAUGUGCGUCCACAGUAC